ACAUAAGCGCUUUUGAGCUCAAAGGGUCACUGAGAAAGGUUGGUGCUGAAUCUGAUCUUAAGAUAUUACUUGGGUCGUUGAGGAUGGCGAGCAAGGUCACGGAUCCUACGGUUAAGAUCGACCCGAAAUCCACCGUCGGCGGCGGCGUUGAGGAUGUAUACGGUGAGGACACUGCCACCGAGGACCAACUCGUCACCCCCUGGAAUUACUCCGUUGCCAGUGGGUAUUCGUUGCUGAGAGAUCCUCAAUACAACAAGGGGCUAGCAUUUACAGAGAAAGAGAGGGACGCCCAUUACUUGCGUGGUCUUCUUCCUCCGGCAACUAUUUCUCAACAAGUCCAGGAGAAGAAGUUGAUGAAUACCAUCCGACAAUAUCAAGUCCCGUUGCAAAAAUAUAUGGCACUGACGGAACUCCAGGAGAGGAAUGAGAGGCUGUUCUACAAACUUCUCAUUGAUAAUGUCGAGGAAUUGCUACCAAUUGUCUACACUCCGACUGUUGGUGAGGCUUGCCAGAAAUUCGGGAGCAUCUUCAGGCGCCCUCAGGGUCUUUACAUAAGUCUAAAAGAGAAGGGUAAAGUUCUUGAGGUAUUGAAGAACUGGCCUGUAAGGGCUGUUCAAGUUAUUGUUGUGACUGAUGGUGAACGUAUACUGGGACUCGGUGACCUUGGUUGUCAGGGGAUGGGAAUUCCUGUGGGGAAGUUGGCAUUGUAUACGGCACUUGGAGGAGUUCGCCCCUCAGCGUGUUUGCCUGUAACAAUUGAUGUUGGGACAAACAAUGAGAAGAUGCUGGAUGAUGAGUUUUACAUUGGACUCAGACAAAAGAGGACAAGGGGAAAGGAGUACGAGGAUCUUUUAGAAGAGUUCAUGAGUGCUGUCAAGCAGAACUAUGGCGAAAAAGUUCUUGUACAGUUCGAAGAUUUUGCAAACCACAAUGCUUUCGAGCUGCUGGCCAAAUAUAGAUCAUCUCAUCUCGUCUUCAAUGAUGACAUACAGGCAUCUGUAGUUCUUGCAGGAGUUGUGGCAGCACUGAAGUUAAUCGGUGGUUCCCUGUCUGAGCAUAGGUUUUUGUUCCUUGGCGCUGGAGAAGCUGGUACCGGUAUAGCAGAACUAAUAGCUCUUGAGAUCUCGAAAAGGACAAAAGUUCCUGUGGAAGAGGCCCGUAAGAAGAUCUGGCUUGUUGAUUCAAAGGGAUUGAUUGUUAUCUCUCGUAAAGAUUCUCUUCAACAUUUUAAGCAGCCUUGGGCUCAUGAGCAUGAGCCUGUUGAUAAUCUUUUGGAUGCUGUCAAGGCAAUUAAACCAACAGUUCUUAUUGGAUCGUCUGGUGUUGGAAGAACAUUUACAAAGGAGGUGAUUGAAGCAGUAUCGUCCUUCAAUGAGAAACCUCUCAUUUUGGCUCUUUCCAACCCAACAUCACAAUCUGAAUGUACCGCUGAAGAAGCUUAUACUUACAGUGAGGGUCGUGCAAUUUUUGCCAGCGGAAGUCCAUUUGAUCCUGUUGAGUACAAUGGCAAAGUUUUUGUUCCUGGCCAGUCCAACAAUGCAUACAUUUUUCCUGGAUUUGGUCUGGGUUUGGUUAUCUCUGGAGCAAUCCGUGUUCACGAUGACAUGCUUCUGGCAGCCUCGGAAGCCUUGGCGGGGCAAGUUUCCGAGGAGAAUUUUGCACAGGGGCUGAUCUAUCCACCAUUGUCGAACAUCAGAAAGAUCUCUGCCCAAGUAGCUGCUAAUGUAGCUGCCAAGGCAUAUGACCUUGGCGUGGCUACGCGUCUCCCCCGUCCUGAGAAUCUUGUGAAGCAUGCCGAGAGUUGCAUGUACAGUCCCGUCUACAGAAACUACCGCUAAACAGUGUCUGGCUCCGUCGUUUGUUGUGUGUUAUGCUUUGCUUUGAGGCUAUUUAUCAAGAAUGUGUGUUUCUGAAGAUGUGCUGUAUCGGUGCUUGUGAAAUAAGGGAAAGAUGAUGCGUGUAAAUCAUCGGUUUGUAAAAUUCGAAUAAAUAUGCUAAUUGUAUUUGUUCCUGCAGAUCAAAUGCAUUAGCCUCCUUCGCAUUU